AUGCCCCAGAAUUCGAAAUUUUCCCGUCAUUGGUUGAACAGCACGACGUGGGCUCCAGCUGCGAACCUCACCCAGAAGGGUCUUCCGUAUCUAUCUAUCUAUCUAUCUAUCUAUCUAUCUAUCUAUCUAUCUAUCUAUGUUUCUUUAUAUACGUCUACUUAUCUCAAUCUAUCUAUCUAUCUAUGUUUCUUUAUAUCCGUCUACUUAUCUCAAUCUAUCUAUCUAUGUUUCUUUAUAUCCGUCUACUUAUCUCUAUCUAUCUAUCUAUCUAUGUUUCUUUAUAUCUAUCUAUCUAUCUGUCUACUUAUCUCAAUCUAUCUAUCUAUCUAUGUUUUCUUUAUAUCUAUCUAUCUAUCUAUUUAUGUUUCUUUAUAUCCGUCUACUUAUCUCAAUCUAUCUAUCUAUCUAUCUAUCUAUCUAUCUAUGUUUCUUUAUAUCCGUCUACUUAUCUCAAUCUAUCUAAUCUAUCUAUCUAUCAUUCAUCUAUCUUUCUUUAUAUCCGUCUAUCUAUCAAUCCGUCUAUUAUCUAUCAAUUUUGUCUAUCUAUUCUAUCCGUAUCUUAUCUCAAUCUGUUUAUCUAUCUAUCAAUCUAUUUCAAUUUAUCUUUAA